UUUUCGUCUUCGUUCUGCUAUUUCUUCUGAAUUUUUACUUAUAAUUCUUGCUAGUUUACUUUCAAAUAUUUUAAAUAUUAAAACAAAAUGGCAAUUGGAUACAAUUAAUUUUUCUGAAUCAAAAUUAUUUUUAUUGUCAUUACCCUCACGUUCAUUAAUUAGCCAAUUAUUUACUGAUUCAAUUGGACUAGCAUUUUUUGUUUUUGUAUUGCAUUUAAGAAGUGCUAAUUUAUUAUCAAAAACAAAUAAAUAUAAAAUAGAUGAAAGACAAGUUUUUUUAAAGGAAAUAUUUUUUCUUUUAAAUUAUUUAGGAACUUAUUUCACUAAAUUUAAUUAAUUUAUUGUCAACAUUUGUGUCUGCAAUACCUCCCGGUCAUUCACCACUCAGAACUUCAAUUGGUACCCGCGCUGGAGCCAAAACUAUUUUGGCUAAUAUUUCUUUAGUUUUGAGUUUAAUUCCAAUAAUUAUUUGGUCAUCUAAACUUUUUCAGUCAUUACCCAUUUGUGUUCUAUCAUGUAUUUUAUUGACAGAAAUUUGUCCAAUGUUUACAGGCAUUUCUAAAUUACCUCUUUUAUGGGAAAUUUCACGUCUUGACGUUUUAAGCUUUAUAUUCUCAGCAUUAAUGGCCCUUUUUUCAUCAAAUUUAUCACAAGCACUUUUUGUUUCUGUUAUUCUUUCUGCUGGGACAAUUAUUGUUCGUGCUCAAUGGCCACGUCUUCAACAAUUAACAAAUGUUACAGGUUCGGGUGCUUAUUAUGCUGAACGUUGUUAUUAUGGAGGUUCUGAUUUAAUGGAUGAGGCUGGGGUUUCGGUUGUUCGUUUUGAGGCUCCAAUUCUUUUUCACAAUUCUUCAUAUUUCAAAGCUUGUAUUAGAGAAUCGGCAGCUAAAAUUAAAGGUCAACUUUUGGGUAUCGGAAUCGGUACUAGAACAGGAAGUAUGAAAAGCAUGAAAAGUACAAAUGCCCAAAUAGUUAGUGGUUCUAUUCACAAUAAAGAUUCUAUACAAAUGCGUUCAACUUUGUUAAUUAGUGGAGAUUUUGUGCCAAAUCUUGAAAAUCCUGGAGGGGCUGUGUUGGAAUCAAAUAAUAAUAAUUUAAUAACUAAAGUACUUAUAAUUGAUUUCUCUUCUGUUCCUUAUAUUGAUGGACAGGCAAUUUAA